CCCUAGUCUGCAGCCAUGAAGCCGGGGCCGCCGCACCGAGCAGGGGCCGGGGCCGGGGCCGGGGCCGGGAGCGGGAGCGGGAGCGGGGCCGGGGCUGGGACCGGCACGGGAGCGGGGGCUGGGGCCGGGGCCCGCGGGAUGCUGCUGCCGCCGUUGCUGCUGCUGCUCUUGGCGGGACGCGCCGCCGGGGCUCAGCGAUGGCGCAGUGAAAACUUUGAGAGGCCAGUGGACCUGGAGGGAUCCGGAGAUGAUGACUCCUUCCCAGACGAUGAGCUAGAUGACCAUUAUUCAGGCUCUGGCUCAGGCUACUUUGAGCAGGAGUCUGGGAUUGAAAAGGCUGUGCGGAUAAGUACCAAUGUGGCUGUUGCUCUGUCCACCACACCAGCAGUGCUGCCCACCAGUGCUAUCCAGCCCAUGGGCACCCCCUUUGAGAUGCAGCCGUCAGAGAGCCCCACUCCCAAGCCUGCCACCGCUGUUUUGGCAGUGACCAAGGUGUCAGUAGUGCCCACCGCUGCCGCCACCACUGCCACCGUGGCCACAGCCAUGGAAGCCGUGACUACCGUGGCCCCAGCCGUGGCCACCGAGGCUCCGGCCGUGGCCACCGAGGCCCCCGCCGUGGCCACCGUGCCCGUUGCCACCACCAACAUCGUCCCGACAACCGCUAGCAUCCCUACAUACCCCCCGUCCACUGUCAGUGUGCCAGUUUCUCACACGACGGCCCUCCCUAAGCUCCCGCCUCCUCCCCCAGCCACAGUGGCUGCCACAGUGGCUGCCACAGCCCAGGCCACGGCCCCUGCCACCCUCACCCUCUCUGCAGUGGCUUCUGACCUGGACACAGAGGUGUCUACCCCGAAGCUGGUGGUCACUGCCACACCAAGCACCUUGCCGAAGCCAGAGGCCUCUCAGCCUCCGGGGGUCUUUGAGAAGAGCACCGUAGCUCUGGGAUCUGAUGCCCUCGUGCCCACAGAGGUGCCACAGACCCCUACUCCAGAGGCCCCACUGGCUACAAACCGGGAAGUGGAGGCAGAGGUACCAUUCCCCAGUGGGGACUCGGAGCCCCCAGAGGAGGGGAUCACCCAGCCAGAGCUGGACAAUGAAGUGGUGGCCGUGGGUGAAAAGACCACCACGACUUCAGCAGGAGUAAGGCCCAAGGAUGACCAGUCUGGGCCAGGCUUGUUUGAUAACACCAUUGAUUUGGGCAACUCAGCAGCCCAGCUGCCUCAGAAGAAUAUCCUUGAGAGGAAGGAAGUGCUAGUAGCGGUGAUUGUGGGGGGGGUGGUCGGAGCCCUCUUUGCUGCCUUUCUGGUCACCCUCCUCAUCUACCGCAUGAAGAAAAAGGACGAAGGGAGCUACACCUUGGAGGAGCCGAAGCAAGCCAGCGUCACGUACCAGAAGCCGGACAAACAGGAGGAAUUCUAUGCCUAGAGAGACCUCGGGGCCUCCUCUUGCCUCUUCCCUUCUCUCCCCAUCCUCCUCUCCUCUCCUUCCUCCCUUUUUGCUUACUCCUUGGACAGAACUGUGAGUUUUCUGAAUCCCUGUGCCGCACUGGACCCGAGUUACUGCUGGUGCAGGGGACGUUGUCCAUAGGCCUGUUUCCUGCCUCUGGCACUGGGCAGGACCCUCCCCCUCUACAGAACUUUGAUCCCCACCCUAGACCCCCUUCAUUCACGGAGGGGCUCCGAUCAGCAAUCCUCUCCACUUUUUAGGCCAGAGCCGGGCUCCAAAGUGGCCUCUGGCCAUUCAGGCUGGAGCCCCAGGGACUUUGGGCACAGAUUCCUACUCGUGGGAGAAGUUGAGUGAGACAAAACUUUCUUUGGUUGAUAAAUCGGGGGUGAGACUUGGGAAUCCCUUUCUCCUCUCCCUCGGGCUCUCGAUGGCCUUCUCAUCGGGACCGGGAGCUUUCUCCUGGACUGGCAGCGGGGCACCUUUUGUCAUGGAGCCGUGAACCCUCAGCUUAGGGGUUUUAGGGGCCCAUGGCAGCCAAUGCCAACUCUUAGGCGGCACGUCUUUUGGCCAUGGCACGUGAGCCCUGUGGUCAGUGCUGGAUUGAAGGUAUGGGGAGGAAAAAGAGGAAGAGGGAGAGAGAGUCUGAGUGGAAGAGGGAGAUGGUGGGAGAGGGGAGCGAGCUGGGGAGCCUGCGGGUUCUCCACCCUCCCUUGCCCCUUCCCCCUGCUCCUGGGGCUCUCUCAGACCAAACCUUGAGUUUCCUUCCCUUGCCAGCCAGCAUCAGGGUUAACGAGCAUGUGGCUUUGCCAAGAGUGCCUGAGAGUGGCUGGCUCGAGCCUUCUCCAGAGGAGGGGGACCUUCCCUCUCUCCCUCCCCCAUCUCCCUCGCCGGACGGAGCACAGACUCUGUGGCUCAGGCUGGCGAGGGCCGGGGGAGUGUCUGGGCAGAGUUAUUUUGCUCGAGGCACGACAGCCACCCAAGGGGUAGUGUUUGCCAGACACGACUUCGUCACCAUCAGCCACUUAUAUCACUCACGCGACCCAGCAUGCAGACACUCACCACGAGUCACACACACCAGGCGUCCCCUCAUGUGUCCCACAAAACUCGCCCCCACACUAGUCACUCACAUAGCCCAAGUAUCACCAGCCACGUUCUCACUUGCUGUAGCUGGGGGGGCUCCAUGUAAAAGAAAAGACGAGAAGGGGGCAGUGGGGAAGCCCCAAAGGCCUCCCUACCUUUGCAGAAUAUUUGCUCCUUCCCCGCUUGCCCGCGGGAAGAGCUGGGGUGGAAGAAUCCUCUUACAGGUCCGGCUUUAAGGAUGAUCCUGUGAGUCUGGAAAGGAAGGGGAUGCUCCUGGUGGACCCAGGACCCCGAUGCCCAGGCCCGGCUUCUGUGGUGGAGCUGUAUGUGUGCCUCUGGUCUGCCCGUCCAGACUCCCUCCCUCACGGACUGGGGAUGGUCCCGGGAAGGAAAUGGGGAAGGAAGGACUUUCACUGAAGCUGACUGACUUCUCGGGAAUGGCCGCAGGCCAGUGACUUCCUACAUGAAUCCCAGCUCAUGGGCCUAGGUGUCUACCAACUCUCGGAAGCCACUUAGUGCCUGCCCGGAUAAGAGUCAUGAGCAGCCCCAGCCCUCUGCCCAGACCUAGAAGGACAUUGGCCUGCCCCUUUGGGGAUCCCUGUGGGGAGACUACUGAUCAUCAUCCAAGGCUCCCAGGAGCCAUUUGUGAGGUUCCCAGAGCUUGCGGUUGGUGGAGAUUCUGCCAGUAGUGAGCUCCCCGUCUUGCGGGCUCCAUUCUUCCUGCCCCUGACCUAAGCAUCUCCAUACUUUUGGACCUUGUUUGUAACUCUGGGUGUCGGUACCACGUUCAUAGACAAAGCUGGGCCAUUUAGUUUGUCUUCUGUCUCCUUGAGGAACCCCCCAUCUCUUGGGGGCGCCUGCUGUUGGAGACCUUUGUACCUGGCCCCCGGGCCCGGGGAGCCACCAAUGCUGAAUGGAACAGCAUCCUCACCGUGGACCUCACGCAGGAACCAGUCUGUGCCGAGAUGGACGCCCCUCUCCUUCAGAGGCUUGGAGCCCGUUGCAGGCCGUCUCAAACUUGGGGCCAUUGGGUUUUUGUUGGGGAAGGAGGGACCGAAAGGAGUUCCAGGGAUAGAGUCCUGGUUUUUGGACUGUUCGCUUCCCAUUCCCACCCUGACUGUCGCACUUAAUUCAUUCCCCUUGCUUUGUCAGCUCCUCCCAGCCCAAGGUCAGACAGUCAGGACAUCCCCUCUGUGAAUUGUCAGGUGUGCAGUGGGGGAUGGGGAGAGGCUUAGCAUUUGUGGGGAUGCAAGAGCAAGGAGAAUAGUCCAGACCGAGGUCUGGAUGGAAGCCUGAGUUGCUGGACUAGAUCCCCGGAGGGAGGGGUUGGGAGGGUCUCGAGAUGUCGGUCCCUGCUCCCCAUCUCCUCCUGCAGACGCCUGUCUGUAAGCUCCUUUCAGUUACAUCCAGGGCCUUCUGCCCACUCAGCACAGGGGCUCACCUGAUUUCAUCAGUCUUGUUCCCCCAACCACUCACUUGUACGGGUCCAGAGGAAUGGGGGAAUCAACGAUGGCAGGCCUUGAGGAAGGGACUGGUGUCUUCUCCAGGAUGCUUAGUGGGGCCCUGUCUUCCUCAGGCUUGGAGCUGCCAGAACACAGCUUGGGGGGAAGUCGACCCCCAAUGUUUGAAUAUGGAGGGACAGAGACUAGGGUUGCCUGAAUGCCAGUCAGCCCCUUCUGGGUCCUUUUUACUAAAAGUUCCCAUCACCACUGGCUCCCAAGGCUGAAUUGACAUGUAUAACCUUGUGGCCCAAUGGUUGAGGAAUAGAAAUGGAAAGGGACUCUGGGAAGUAAACCUGAGGUAAUUAAUACUACUUCCAGAAAACUGGUGGGGAGAGUGUGGGAGAGAAUCAAGCUCCAUCAGUGUUCCUUCCCUGGAACCUUCCCCUCCUUUAUCUGAUUACGAAUAUGGUAUGAAUGUCACAGCAGUGUCCUAUUUGAAUGAAUCACCCCAUGUCUUCCCCCCAUUUCUAGUCGGGGGAUUGGCUUGGGAAGGAUCUUUUGAGGGUGGGAGGGGAGAAAUUAUAGGUAACUGGUUGCCAGAAUGAGUUAUGUCUGUUAUUAGGGCAGUUUAGCCAGAGGGAAGUUCAUAUACCCUGAGGCUUCCUCUAGGUGAGGAGAGUUGGGGGGUUAGGGAUUGGAGGAAUCCCCCCCAGGAAUUGGAUGAUUAGCUCUACAGCCUUAGUCCUCUCAAUCCCAGGAAUAACCCUUUCUGAGGAGGCCAAAUUUGCUGACCCACCUCUUCCACUCCUAGGGUGUCCUUGGUAACUAUAGGAAGGGUCCCUAGUGGAGUGUCCAGGAGGAAAGGGAAAGUGGAGGAGAAAGCCAGGCUGGGGAUCCUUGUGGUUAGGAGCUUGGGACCUCUGUGGGUCAGCUGGGGAUGAUUUCAGGGGCUGAGAGAUGCUGAGAGGUUCGGUUGGGAGAGCUACCAGAAAGUAGAAGCAGAUAUUUCCAUCCCUCCUAGACUCAAUGAUUAGAAUGGCAGCUGCUGGAAAAAGCUGCCUUUUGGGGUGUCCCUCUGCAUUUUCUAGAUGGCACCUUUCUGUUUCAGGGCAUCUCAUCCACAAUUUCAGGACACAAAUUCCUCCACUUUCUACAGUCACCCCUUUCUCCUCUCCCCAUUCAUGGGGCAGUGACCCCAGGCUGCUCUCCUUGUAAAUAGGAAUUGAAGAAGCCUGUAUAGAUUUACAAAUAGCAAGAUCGCCAAAAGACCUGGGGACCGAGGAUCUCAGGGUACAUGGCCCACUCUCGAGAGCUUCUGAAAGUUCCAAUCUUUGGCGCUCACCCCAAAGAAGCCUCCUGAGCUGGCGCUAGCAUCGUGGCCCUCCCCCCAAAUAGUGAAUGCAUGUAAAUAUUUUAAACAAACAGGAACUGUGUCUCAUGCAGCGGGACCCCUCUUUGGGGGCUCUCCCUCUACAGAACUACCCCUGGGCCUGGGGUCUUGGAGGGGCAAUUGUCUGUACAUCCAGGUGGAAGAAAGGGGAGAGCAGAAACCCUCCACCCCUACCCUAUCCCCCUCACCCCACUCAACCUGUUUGUUAACUGUUUUUGUCCUGAGUUUAUGGCCAAAACUUUUGAAUAACGAGGGAGAAAGAGACCAAGGGAACCCUUCCCCAUCAUGCAGAGGGGAACUAGUCCAAGCCCUGGGCUCAUGGCCCAAUCCUGUAAUGGUACCAUUAUUAUUAUUUUUUAAUUCUUUCUGUGUUGUGCCCAUUUAUAAGAGAAAAUAAAAUUAAGUCAUUGAAAGGAUGCUCCCUGACUGGGAGUGGGGUGAGCAUCAGAAUCAUUUCUUCAGGCCUUGACCUCAAAUCUCCUUGUCAGCCUAACUGGAAGUCACCUCCAUGUGCCUCAACUCCUCCCCCUAAGGCAACAACACCCAGGGACCACCAGUGCCACCUUUGCUUUUAGAAGAACCUAAGGAGAAAGAAGGGAAAUUAUCUCCUGAGAACCACGAGGUUCCAAAACCAUUUAUUAAGCACCAGUUUAUUACCUGGUAUUCUAACUUUCAGGGAAGGGAAAAGAUUGAAACGUUCCCUUUCCAUGGAUUUUCAUAGUCUACUGGAGGUCUUUGACACUAACUAGAACAUAAAAGGUGCAACAAAGGGAAGUGAGGAAAAGCUCAUGUUCAACAGGUGAGAUCAAGGAAGGCUUCGUGGAAGUGUCAUUAGAACUGAAGGGUGGGCAGAAAAAUCAGGAAACAGAGGCCCAGAGAGAUCACAAAAGGACUUGCCUGAUGGCACAUGGACACAGUGGCAGAGCCAGUAUUUUAAAGCUGGUUCUUUCCACUAAGUAACAUUGCUUCUAUUAUCAAAGGCUGGCCAUCAGACAAAUGAUCUUUUUGGCCGUGGUGACACUCAAAGCAAAAAUCUGAAAGGUCCUGGGUGGCCUCCAUCUUCCUCAGUGAUGGUGGCGAGUGGUGGAGAAUACAGGCAGGAGAUCCUAAGCAUGGCAGCUUUAAAGCUUUUCUGUAAACUAAUGCUUAUGGGUGACCUUUGUUUAAUGACCAAAAACUUGCUACUCUAUUAGAGUAAUCUAUCCAUUGAGAUCCAGAAGCAGUGUGCUGUAAAGGAAAAGAUGCUAAUUUUAGACACAGGCCAGACUUGGAUUCAGAUCCUGGUUCUGACACUAGCUGUGUGACUCUGGGCAAGUCACUUAACUCACUGAGCCUCGCUCUAUAAAGUGGGGAUAAUCGUAUGUGCUGAACGAUACUUUGUAAACCUAAAAGAGCUAUAUAAAUGCAGGUUAUUAAGCAUACUCAUAUUAAUCUUGCUAUAAAUAAAAUAGAUGAUAUAAGAUAGUUACAGUAACUAGUAGAAUGGCUUGUAGGUUCUUGGAGAGCUAAAUAAAGGAAAUGAUUUCACAGA